AUUAAUUUAAUAAUUUAAAUUUAAAUAAAACUAGAGAAAUAAAAGUUUUCAAUAUAUUAAUCAUCGUUCAUAAAUAAAUUAUAAAAAUAUAUUAUUUAUAAAUAAAAACAAAUAAAAUAAAAAACUCAAUAUAAAUACAUAAUAAAUAGUAAAGAUUAUACAUAUAUAUAUAAAUAAAAUAAAUGGAAUCAUUAUCAAAAUAUAAAUUAGUUUUCCUUGGUGACCAAUCCGUUGGUAAAACAUCAAUUAUUACAAGAUUUAUGUAUGAUACAUUUGAUAUUACAUACCAAGCAACUAUUGGUAUUGAUUUUUUGUCAAAAACAAUGUAUUUGGAAGACAGAACUGUUAGAUUACAACUUUGGGAUACCGCAGGCCAAGAAAGAUUCAGAUCAUUAAUUCCUUCAUAUAUUAGAGAUUCAUCAGUUGCCAUAGUAGUUUAUGACAUUACAAAUAAAAACUCGUUUUUAAAUACAAUUAAAUGGAUUGAAGAUGUCAGAAAUGAAAGAGGAAAUAAUGUAGUUAUUAUGUUAGUAGGUAACAAAACUGAUUUAGCUGAUAAAAGACAGGUUUCAAUCGAAGAAGGCGAAGCUAAAGCUCAAGAAUAUGAUAUUAUGUUUACAGAAACUUCAGCAAAAGCAGGAUUCAAUAUCAAGGCAUUAUUUAGAAAAGUAGCAUCUGCUUUACCAGGUAUUGAUUCAAAUUCAAUGACCAAAGGUCAACAUGAAAUCAUUUCUGAAGUCGACAUUUCAGAUACUUCAAAACAAUCAGCUGCUGCAAACAAUGGUUACUGUGAACGUUGUUAAAAUAAUAAUAAAUAAUACCCAAAUCAAACUCCCCCAACAUAUAAUAAAAACAAUAAUUACAAUAAUAUUUAAAUACAUAUUAAAUGUUCUUUAUAUAGCAUACAAAAUAUGACAUAAAAAAAAAACUAUAAAAAAACUAUAAAAAAAAAAAAACAAAAAAAACAAUUAAAAAUUUUCUCUAAAAUAAAAUAAUAAGUAUAAUAAUAUUUAUUUAAC